AUGUUAAAAAGUAGGAGAAUAGUACUUUAUUUUUGUAUUUUAUUGAUUGUCAUUUUGGCUAGGAACCUAUUUAAAACAUCAACUAUUACCCAAAUGUCGGCAAGAUCACCUGUAGUUAUUGUUGGAUCGGGUUUAGCAGGCCUUGCUACUGGUACCCAACUUGUUAACAAAUACAAAAUCCCAAUUGUACUUUUGGAUAAAGCUUCAUCAAUCGGUGGUAAUUCUAUAAAGGCAUCAAGUGGUAUCAAUGGAGCUUUCACAUCCACCCAACAGGCCUUAAAUGUAAAAGAUUCGCCGGAAUUAUUUUAUCACGAUACAGUUAAAUCUUCUCAAGGUAAAGGUGUUAAACCGCUAAUGGAAAAAUUAUCUGAAGAUUCAGAAUCAGCCAUCAGUUGGUUACAAAAAGAGUUCAAUUUGAAACUUGAUUUGUUGGCGCAAUUGGGUGGUCAUUCCGCCCCAAGAACUCAUAGAUCUUCAGGAAAAUUACCACCAGGUUUUGAAAUUGUUCAAAGUUUAAAGAAUAAUCUGGAAAGUAUCGAAAAAAGUGAUUCAGGUUUGGUUAAAAUCUCUCUGAAUUCGACAGUUGUUGAUGUUAAUUUAGAUUCUGACAACAAGGUUUCAAGUGUGGCGUAUGUAGACUCAGCUGGGAAAACGCAAACAAUAAGUACAAAAAAUAUUGUGUUCUGUUCGGGUGGAUUUUCAUUUUCAAGAGAAAUGCUAAAACAAUACGCUCCUGAACUGAUUGACUUGCCAACAACAAAUGGCCAACAAGCAACAGGUGACGGUCAAAAAAUCUUGGAAAAAUUGGGUGCAUAUCUUAUUGACAUGGAUCAAGUCCAAGUCCAUCCAACUGGAUUCAUUGAUCCAACAAAUCGUGAAAGUCAUCACAAAUUUUUAGCUGCUGAGGCUUUGAGAGGUUUGGGGGGUAUCUUACUAAACCCAAGUACCGGUAAAAGAUUCGUUAACGAAUUAGAUAGAAGAGACACUGUCACAGAAGCCAUUCAAACCAAAUGUCCCAAAGUUGAUAACAAAGCAUAUCUCGUACUGAGCGAAAAAGUUUAUGAGGAUUACAAGAACAACAUGGAUUUUUAUCUCUUCAAAAAAUUGAUCAAGAAAAUUACAGUUGAUGAGUUCGUCUCACAGUUCAGAUUACCAAUUUCUGCAAAAGAGGUAGUUGCUGAUUUACAAAACUACUCGUCCGCUUCUAGUGACCAGUUUGGUCGGUCGUUGGUUAUCAACACGUUCGGCGACAACGUUGCUUCUGAGACAGUAAUUUAUGUCGGUGAAAUUACACCAGUCGUUCAUUUCACCAUGGGUGGUGCAAAGAUCAAUAGAGAGGCUCAGGUUAUUGGUAAAGACGGAAAUCCAUUAGCCUCUGGUCUGUAUGCUGCUGGUGAAGUAUCUGGAGGUGUCCAUGGUGCUAAUAGAUUAGGUGGAUCCAGUUUAUUGGAGUGUGUUGUAUUCGGUAGAACUGCUGCAGAUAGUAUUGCAAACCAAUUUUAA